AUGAACCAUGAAACCACAACCCUGAUAUCCCUGAAGGAAGCAAUGAAAAGAGUAGACAACAAGCUCCAAGCUCUAGACACACAGUUCAAAGAACUAGACAUCACCAAGGAUAAUCUGACACUUCGAUUUGAACACCAUAGCAAGACUCUGGCAAGCCAAGCAGUCCAAGAUGAGAUAUGGACAGCAGCUCUGGCCCUCGGGUUUACCUCAAUGGAACUGAAUAUUUUAUACAGCUAUGUCAUCGAGGUCCUUACUUGCUUGCACACUCGAAUGCUUCAGAAGCUUCCAGACCUGGUGAGAAGUCUUCCAACCUUAGCCUCUGUCCUUAGAAGAAAAGCUAAGAACAAGCACGUUAGGAUUGUAUGGGAGUCUGUGCUGGAGGAGUAUGGGCUGCAAGAGAGAGAUGUCACAGCACUCUGCAUCUUCUUCGUUGUACAUGGCAACAAAGGAGAGCACUAUGCUGCAAAUGUAAGACGGAUGUAUAUCAAAGACGUUUCCUUCAUGAUCACCAACAUGGUAAAAAACCAGGCUCUACAGGAUGGUUUGCUUAGAGCUGUUAAGAUCAUUGAAAAGGGGAAAGCAGCAAAGACCCCUGAAAACUCAAGGGCACCCCUAAAAGAGUUGAUGCCCCCAGUUAAAGACUAACCUAUUAGUCUAGCAAUUCCACUUUCAGUCAUUUGUUUUGUAAAAAAAAAAUACAUAAUUUAAUUUUUAUAGGCUUAUUUUAUAGCAAAAGUGGAAGGAAUGUUAAAGAAAUUAUGGCAAACUGAUACAAUGAACAUUGUGUGUGCAGCCAUAUUUAAAAAAUAAGCAAACUCUUUUUAUAAUGAAAUAAUGUUUGGGGUGUAGACCAGAAUACAUUUUUUUGUAUGUAUGAGGCCCUGGGUUCAAUCCCUGAUAUA